AUGGACAGCGAGGACUCUGAUAUCGAAAUUGUUCCCCCCCCACGGCGCUCCGGCUUUACAAACCUUCCGCCACGUGCUGGGCAGCCGAGACUUAUCACCGCUGUCAAGAACAAUAAUUUCCCACUGCUCGAGAAGCUUCUAGGCCAGAGCAACAAUUACAAUCGUGCAGGCCUGCUGAGCCAGCGGGGACCUCGCGACACAACUGCACUGCACUGGGCUGCAAAACUGGGCCAAGUAGAAGUCUUGGAGCUUCUAGUAGCCCAUAUCGAGAUCGAUGCAAAGGAUGCGUCGGGGCGCACAGCCCUAUUCUAUGCAGUGGACAGCAAAGCCAACCAGCUGAAAGUCCUAGAGAUACUCCUAUACAGCGGUGCACGCGUCAACCAGUAUGACAAAAACGGGAAGACUGCACUCUGGGUUGCAGCCGACAAAGGAAAGCUGCAUGCAGUCGAGAAACUGGUUGAGCUGGACAAGUCCACGUUGCACAAAGCCGUCCAACGGUGUGAUAAAGACACAUCAGCCCACGACAACAAGCUCAAGGUAGUGGCCACGCUGAUGGCAUGUGGUGCUGAUGUUCACGCAGUGAAUAAACAUGGGGCCACUUUGCUCCAUCUGGCAGCGUACAAUGGCUGCUUGGCUGUUUUGAAUCUCCUAAAGGGCUAUAAGGACCUGGCAACAAAGUUGGACAAGUUUGGAUACACUCCAUUCGGGAUAGCUGCUGAGCGCGGUUGGAAACAUGUCUUGGAGUGUCUGUUGGAGCAUUUCGAUGUUGACAUCGAGGCUGUCAGUGGUUCAUGGACGCCUCUGAUCCAUGCUGCCGAUGCUGGCCACCUGGAAGCUGUCAAGUAUCUGGUGAGCAAAGGCGCCAACCUAAUGGCCAAGAGCCGUACUGGUUACUUGCCUGUUUUCAUUGCUUGCAUCAAUAGGCAUGAUGAGGUGGCAAUGGCGCUCCUUGCGAGCAUGACUCGAAGUCAGGCUCUUCUGGUAACAAACGAGGACCGCGUUCCACUGAUAAGUAUUGCUGCUGGCUCUGGCUGCACUCGUGUGGUAGCCCGUCUUCUAGAGUAUCUACAAGCUGAUAAUAGCGUUCAACGAGUCCUGUCGGAAAUGAUCGAUCGUUGCACGGUUGCUUAUGAAGCUAUUCGUGGGAAUCAUCAUGCAACAGCUAUGCUCCUUUUGGCAAAUGGUGCUUCAACACAGGGAGUGGACGGCGAUGGAAACACGGUAUUGCACUGGGCAGCCAUUCAUGGUGACCAUAUUCUCAUCCAGUCUUUGUUGGAGGGAAAUUCUGGAUCUAAUCAACAGGUUGCAAAUAUGAACCGCAAACAGGAGACUCCGGUGACUCUAGCUGCCGCAGGCCAGCACGACGAGGUUGUCGCUCUCCUGUUGAAGCAUCAGGACCCUCAUAGAAUCCAUGGGCAGAAUACCAAUGGAUGGAAAGCCCUUCACUGGGCUGCCUGGUAUAUGAGGCUUGAUCUAGUGAGACUUCUGAUCACAAAGGGUGCCGACAUCACAAAGAAAGACGCCAGCGACCGUACCGCAAGUCAAGUUGCCCAGGACCUCGUACCAAAAUCCAUCGAGAUGCUAGAGUGGUUGACUCUACCAGAAACUCUUUCAGCUGACCAAGUAGACACUGAACUCCAGCGUCCGGUCCUCCAAGAGUCCGCUGAAGAUGUGUGCAAAGAUACCCAAGCAUAUAUUAUGGACAUUUACGGGCAGCGGAUGAUAGAGAAAACGGGGUUCUCUGUGCACAAUAUUAUUUAUGAAUAUGGACCACACGAGAUCAUGUCAGCUGCGGCCAAGGCCCGUCGUAUCGAUAACAAUCCCGAUAUUCGCUGGAUACAUCUUCCCGCCAAUAAUGACCUUGUACAAACAGUCUGCGUUGAUCACGCCGGUCUCCGUUCUCAAGCACGUCAGAAUGAACGCGAGAGAUAUCCAGCGCCGGCGGUUGUUCAAAACAGAAUCGACUCUCAGUCAUUUGAAUCCUUUGACGAUUUGAGUGACCUUGACGAUGAGACUGAUGGCGGCUUCAACGAUGUGUCAGAUGACGAAGACGCUCCAAGGGAGGAAACAUACAGAGACAAACGAGAUUCUAACCAGCAAGAUGUCUUUGAAGUAACAAUUGGUUUAGGAAACACAGACGUAACAAGUCAAAUGGAUGGCAGCACGACGGAAAUAGACCUUAAGGCUCAAGAUCUCAGCCUUGCCCCAAAUCCAGAAAAGAUUGAAGUGAAAAAGGUAACAUUUUCACCAGGCCCGCCUGGCGACAUGAAAAGCCCUCGGGAUGGGCUUGAGAUCGACCUGAAGGUAGAGGGAGGGAGUGAAAAUGGCAAAUCCGAGGCAUCAGAGGAGCACUAUCCUCGUAAUAUACUCCUGAGACGACCUCGUCUCACAAACCCGACGGCAGAUCUGCAUGUCAAACUUCAAGUCUUUAUUGAGGAAUGUUUACCUCAUGAGAACGUCGCUUAUCCGUUGCGUCGUCUUCAGUCAUUCUUCAAGAUGCCGUACCUUACAUUCACCAAAGCCAAACAUCACAUCCAAUCUCAACGCAUGCUAGAGAAUGGUAUUGGCGCAAAUCAAAUAGCACCAUCUACGGACGGCAACAGUGAUGGUGCUGCAUGGGAACGCAAAAUUGUUCAAUCCUAUGGAGAGCAGGACGUGCUGCAGCUUCCUCAAACCCUCGGUCGUUUCUAUUACCAUGCACUAUCGAACAUAGACGACGAGAUGAAAGAUCACGUUCUGUUCCAGCACCAAGAUCGCAAAUCCAAGACCACCCCCGAAAGCGACCGAGCGAUAUGUAUGGUCGAUCAGCUCUGGGUAUUUCUUGUGGAUAAUGCAACGGUCAUCACAUCUUGUUCAAAACAACAGGAUCCGGAUAUUGUUGACAUCCAAAAGAGCAUUUGUGAGCAUCUUACUCAGCACAAAGAUAGACGUCCGCACCUCGGCUCGGCAUUUGGCAUGAUCCCACUGGCCAUUGCAGUUUGUGCAAGGAGGACAAUCGAUUGGCAACUGGGCGUGGACAAAGAGAGACUCCUUGGAGUUUUCGCCUCGGCGAUAGCGCUAGCGUCACGUCGCGAGGUCGAGCUCUUUGAUGAAUUCACUCAAGCUCUGGCCACGGAAGACCGUCUGCUGCGCCAAUAUGAAAAGCCACCGCGGCGCGAUAUACGACAAGAGAUCGAGCUCCUCAGAGAGGUGAAGAGAAUUCUGGACGAACUCAACAUCAUAAAAACCGUACUCCUGAGCCAGAAAUCAGUCCUGGAUGAGGCAUUCAGCUACAUUGCCAAACCGCCGGGUCGUCAGGGCGGGUGGACCAGUAUGAGCACUGCUGAUCGCGAAAUCGUUGGUGUGGUUGACUAUUAUCGGACUCUGAGCAAAGUGGACUUGGUGCAUCAAGAAGUGGAUAAGCUUAUACACGAUGCGAAGGAGGUCCAGAACAAUAUCAAUCAUUUGUUGGAUCUCCGACAGAAGGACGCGAAUCUUUCCGAGGCAAUCUGGACCCGGAAAUCGUCAGAAGACACUACAAGGCAGAGCAGGACAGUCAUGGUGUUUACUGUCGUCACCAUUGUGUUUCUACCAAUUACAUUCUUGUCGUCUCUGUUUGCCUUGGACAUUAAGAGCUUUCCGCAUGAUGAGGGAGGAAACUUGUCGUAUAGCCCAGAAUGGGCUUACUCCAGACUUGUUGGAAUUACAUUCGCAGUCUCGGUUCCGCUGGUCUUGCUUGCUUUCUUUGUCAACGAAGUGAGCGACUGGAUCUCGGGUCUGUUCAGCCGCGGCUCAAAAUCAACCGGAAGCGCACACGGUGAGGUUGCUGGACCUAGAACUGCUCAAUUUUCAAACCAGAAAACAGAAGAGAUAGCGGCAGCUGAAGGAGAGGAAAUUGCCUCGGAUCAGGCAUCUCGCUGGCGCAAUGUCUUGCGAAGGCGUCCAGUGAUCCAAAGGCCCACAAGCAGUGUGUGA